CGGUAAAAAUUCGAAAGUGAGAGUGAUUGGAAAUCAAAAUCAAAUGGCUCCCAUUUGCCCUGUCCGAUGCUAAGGUCGCGUUUGGGUGAGUUCUUUUCAUCUCUUAAAUUUGGGAGCUGCGUUUCACUGCUCUGGCGAUGGUGCGAAUUAGGGGCUGUUUGGCUUCGGAGAUGUCAAAUCCCUCCAUUUUUCGAUCUGUUUAGCCAAGUACUUAUUGUUGUAGGCUUCUGUUGUGGUUGUCAAAGCGCUCUCUUUUGCCUAAUAAAUGGCAGACACGAGCUCGGUGGAUGUGAUACUGGAGUUUCUAAGAAGGAAUAAGUUUACUCGGGCCGAAUCUGCAUUGCUAAGUGAGCUGAGCAGUCGUCCUGACGUGAUUGGAGUUCUUCAGAAGCAUGCGCUUGAGGAUAAUGGGUUCAACCCGCCUUUGGAAGAAUCCAAUGGGUGGAAGGCUGCAGGAGAGAGUAUGGGAACAAAUGGUAGGAGUAGUGGUUUGAUUGAUAAGGAGAUAAGUUCAAGGAGCAGUAGAGGUACCUCGAAGGAGCUUAUGGCCAAUGGGCAAGACUGCAAGUUGAAGAACAUCGUUAAUGCAGGGGAGCAAAACAAAGCUAAUGAAUUGCACUUGCGAAAAUUCAAUCCUAACCCUAGUCCUCUCGUUUUUCACCAGAGUGAUGGGGGGAGCCUUGUUGGGAACGCAUUUAUGGGGUUUCCGGUUUCGGGAAAGACAAUGCCACAUGCAAGUGAUGGGCAUGACAGUGGUAAGGAUACGGACUUGUGCCGUGAAGAUGGCAGCGGUUUCUCAAAAGAGAUCAGAACAUGGCCUGGAAGUACUAGUAAAGCUACUCUGGAAACAAAGCAGGAGAAGAGUCAACACAGUGAAGUCAAGGAGGUUGAUCAGUCACAAAAGAAACCCAGAUCCAAAGAUUGCAUGGUCAAAACGGUUUUUCCUCUCUCAAAAGGAGACACGUCAAAUUAUGAUCUUAAUACUGUGGUAGGUGACAAAAAAGAAGGAAAAAGACAACCAGUAAUUAGUGAUAUCAAGACAGCUGUUAAAGAACAAGGUGAUGAGAUAGAAAGAGCUUCAUACUUAGGGAGGACACUGGGAAGUGAACCGAAGGAUCUCAGUUGUUUCGACUUCCCCUUUGCAUCCUCUGGGAACCAAAAGGAAGAGCUACCCAGGCUACCACCUGUCAGGCUCAAGUCAGAAGACAAUUCAUUCAAUAUCCAUUGGGUGGAAAAGUUUGAACGAGAUGGAAUAGACUCAAGAAUUGCAAAUUCAGACAAGUCCUAUCAUAUAGGGUCAUUUCUGGAUGUUCCUGUGGGACAAGAGACGAACCAGUUGGGUAAACGGCCAACUGGUGGUAGCUGGCUCUCUGUAAGUCAGGGUAUUUCUGAAGACACUUCUGAUCUUGUUUCUGGUUUUGCAACAAUCGGUGAUGGAAUUAGUGACUCGGUUGACUAUCCAAAUGAAUAUUGGGAUUCUGAUGAAUAUGACGAUGAGGAUGAUGUAGGCUACACGCGACAACCUAUUGAAGACGAGACUUGGUUUUUGGCUCAUGAAAUUGAUUACCCUAGUGAUAAUGAGAAGGGAGCAGGACAUGAGAGUGCCCCAGAUCCUCAAAGAAAUAAAAGCAGAGAAGAAGAUGAACAAUCUUUUGUGGAGGAAGAUUCCUAUUUUUCAGGCGAGCGGUAUAUCCCAUCAGAAAAUGUUGAUCGAGUUAGACCAUCAGAUGGUCCAACAGAUCUUGCUGUGACUGGAAUAUACAGAAGACCUGAUGACUUUGUUGCAGAAUAUGAUGGACAAUUGAUGGAUGACGAUGAAUUGAAUUUUAUCCGCGCAGAGCCUGUGUGGCAAGGGUUUGUCACUAAGACAAAUGACCUUGUCAUGCUAGGGGAUGGAAAACAUGGCAAUGAGCGUGGAAGGCUUUAUUUAGAUGACUUGUGCAUGGAUGAUGAUCAACAUGGAUCGGUUAGAUCCAUAGGUGUGGGAAUAAGCAGUGAUGUUGCUGAUAUCGGCAGUGAAGUGCGUGGAAGUUUGGUUGGAGGAAGUAUUGAUGAAGACAUAGAGUACUUCCGGGAUAAUGAUGUUGGCAUUGGUGGGUUUGCCCGGCUCAUACUGCAUGAUUCAGAUAAGGCUUUUUCUAAAAAAGAUGCUAACUCUAGUUCUGACAAGUUUAUAACAGGUGUUGAUAGAACAAAGAGUCACCCAGAUGGGGGAUUCUCUUUUCCCCCUCCUAGAAAUGGACAGCCUGUUCAGACCAUCUCCAACAAACAUUUGUUGUCAAAGGAAAGAAGCACUUUUAUUGCUGAUGAUAUCGACAAUUGUAUAGAGGAAAACAAUCACAUGCUUGUUCCAUGGAAGCACAACAGUACUGAUUCAUCACCUGUCGAGAGCUCAAAAUGUGAAAAUAAUGCUGCUGGAUCCGCAAAUUCUAGCCCUUCUUCUCCUUCAAAUUAUGGGUAUGCUGAACGGGGUUUUGGGGAGAAAAAUCAUGAUACACAAAUAAGUGCAAGGGAAGAUGAUAUGGGGAUAUCAUUGGAGGACGAAGAAGCAGCUGCAGUUCAGGAGCAGGUGAAGCAGAUAAAGGCACAAGAGGAAGAAUUUGAAACUUUUGAGCUAAAAAUUGUGCACAGGAAAAACAGAACUGGCUUUGAGGAGGAGAAGAAUUUUCAUGUUGUUCUAAACUCAGUUAUAGCUGGGCGCUAUCACGUAACAGAGUACCUUGGAUCUGCUGCUUUUAGCAAAGCUAUCCAAGCUCACGACCUUCAUACUGGCAUGGAUGUUUGCGUGAAGAUUAUAAAGAACAACAAAGAUUUCUUCGAUCAAAGCCUUGAUGAGAUAAAGCUUCUCAAGUUUGUCAACAAGCAUGACCCUGCUGAUAAAUACCAUAUUCUUCGUCUGUAUGAUUACUUCUAUUAUAGAGAACAUCUAUUGAUUGUGUGUGAGCUACUGAAAGCAAAUCUUUAUGAAUUCCACAAAUUCAAUAGAGAAUCUGGAGGGGAAGUGUACUUUACAAUGCCAAGAUUGCAGUCAAUCACAAUUCAGUGUUUGGAGGCACUUCAAUACUUGCAUUGUCUUGGCCUCAUACACUGCGAUUUGAAACCUGAGAAUAUUUUGGUGAAAAGCUACAGUAGAUGUGAAGUGAAGGUCAUUGACCUUGGGAGCAGUUGUUUUGAAACAGACCAUCUCUGUUCAUAUGUUCAAUCUAGAUCAUACCGUGCACCUGAAGUGAUUUUAGGACUUCCUUAUGACAAAAAGAUUGAUAUCUGGUCACUUGGUUGCAUAUUGGCAGAACUUUGUACCGGCAAUGUCCUUUUCCAGAACGAUUCUCCUGCCACAUUACUUGCUCGGGUAAUUGGUAUUAUAGCUCCAAUCGACCAAGAGAUGCUUGCCAAAGGAAAAGAUACAUACAAAUAUUUCACCAAAAACCACAUGCUGUAUGAACGAAAUCAGGAAUCAAACCGACUGGAAUACCUUAUCCCCAAAAAGUCGUCUUUAAGGCAUCGGUUGCCGAUGGGGGAUCAAGGCUUCAUUGACUUUUUAACUCAUCUGCUAGAGAUCAACCCGAAGAAGCGCCCUUCUGCCUCGGAGGCUCUAAAACACCCUUGGCUCUCCUACCCUUACGAACCCAUCUCAUCUUAAAGACAGGAGAGAAGAUGCCUUACGGAGGAUCCUGUGGUGACUUAACUGGGGGAAGGGAUGCCCUCCAAAAGUGUGUAUAAUACCACCUUCCACAUCACAGAGCAAUUCCAUUUCUAUACUACAUGAUGGUGAUGAUGUAGAAAUGGUGAAUGUAAUGAUGCAUCCACAUUUGUAACACUAUUGUGUGGUUUUGUACAUGAUGUUGUGUGUGUGUGUUCAGAUCUAUUAGUCCUAGAGAUGUGAGGGAGGGGGUGGUGGGUGGGGGGCUUUUAGGGGUGCAUU